CGCCUCCCCAGCAGUGCCCCCAUCUCCUCCGUGAGUGCCCAGAUGCCGUCCCUGGGGGCAAACCCCGCUCCGGGUGCCCCGAUGCCCGAGCAUUCGCACCGUGACCGGCCCACCAGCAGCCAACCGCCUCUCCUGCCCCAUGCCGCGACCGCUGCGAGCUCGGCUGCUGCCAGCGAGGACCUGAACGCCAGGGCCCCAGUGCAGGAAACGCUCCCAAAGGAGCUCCUGGAGCAAGAGAGUCCCCAUCCACCUGGCAGCGUGGCUUAUGACAGAGCGAGCGAUGGGCUCCGCAGAGAGGGGCAGGUCCUGCACUCUGCUGACGCUGCACGGGUGACAGUGGGGCCCCCCGUGGCCACCAACACGGCCAUGCCACCGGCCGGCACCUUUGAGCAGGGCCGGGACUGGCCGAGUCGCCAGCAGCACCCGGUGUGCGUGGACAAUGGGUAUUUUGGGAACGCCAACCACCUGAACCGCAGCGCCUCGGGCCUGGGCCCGGGCAGGUCUCUUCUGUCACGGGAUCCGCGCGCUGCUCGCAGCCUCGACCAGCCCAGGAACGAACCCGAAGAGGUUCACUACGUCUCUGCUGAGCUGCCUACGAGAUCGGUCGAGGCCGUUCGCGUCAGGGAGUUGCCGCCGCAAACCCAGGCUCCGUGCGGCUCCGGGUAUGGAGAGCCCCCGGGCAGCUUUGUGGAUGUGCGCAACCCCCUCCUCAUCCAAAAACAGUUUGAUGCAGAGCAGAAGCGGGUCGGGAUGCUGAGAGACCACGAAGGAGAUGGAGAUGCUCAGAUGGAAACAACCCCCCUGGUCUCUGCUCCUGCACGCACAGACACUUCCACGUCAAGCAGUGCCUCCUUGAAGCCUCCGGUACAAGAGGAAAAACUGCCUGCGGGGGAGAGAGCCAGCAGUGCCCUAUCUGUGCUGACGAAGGAGAAAGUGCUCCCAGCCUCAGCAGCCCCUCUCCUGGGCGCGACCUUUGCAGGCAGCUUUGAAGGCACGGCUGGGAGGAGAACCCCCCCAGUGAGCUCUCCUGGGAACAUACGGGUGUUUCACAGCGAGGUGGAGGAAGACAUGGAGCUCAGCAAGCCAGGCAUUCUCCUCUCCGUGGUGGGGGAGAGCCCGCAGGCGGCCGGCUGUUUUUUGGGCUCGCGGGGGCCCAGCAACCCCUAUUCGGGGGACUCCAAUCGCCUCGAGAUAAGCAGUGACCCACUCAUGGUGAGCACGGACAGCUCAAGCCCUGGAAAAGUGCUCCCUGGAGCCUCCUUGGGACGCUCAUCCCCGGCUCCAGCAGCUCAUGCCGAGCCCAGGGGAGGGGAGGCAACGGGAGCAAGCUCCCAUCUGCCUCUGAGCUGGGACAGCACCUCCCAGGGCACCCACGAGGUCCGGGUGGACCGUUACCCCAGCGUCCUGCUCGGGGCAGCCCAGGACCUCCCGGAGAGAGAUGGUCCCUUCAGAAACCCUCCAGCUUUUGACUCGAGCACCAACUCCAGCUUGUCUCAGGCCAAAGUCUCCCCAAGAGACAGCAAUGGCUCGUCCUUGUCGUACCUUGCACCAGCUGCAGGCAUCGCACUGAUUUCGGCCGUGGCUUUUCUCGUAUAUGCUCGACUGCAGAAAUAGCGCUGGAGCAGAGGGAAGAGGUGGUGGGCUGCCACUAUCAUUGCUCAGCCUGGGCGAUUCCUCUUUGAAGCAGGAAUUCGGCCAACGUGCUUGAAGCCUGAAGAGUAGGGGAGUGGGUGGUAGGGCCUUGUUAACUCUCCCUGGAAGGUUUCACUGGAAGAGGCCUUGGUUGCGUGAUGCUCUUGGGUUUUGGUCUGUUCCCCAGCCAUCUUGUCUGUUCCCUCUGCCUGUUGCACUUGCAGAGAAGGUCUCACUCAAGGACCGAUCCCCUGAGUUAAAAAUCAAAACCUUCCUGGUGAUUAUCCACGUCUUCCUUCUUCAGUUCUAGAAGACCCCAGGGAAAUGCUUCCUGGUGGUCCAAAGGGUGACCUUCCAGCUUCGAGAAAGGGUUUUGCAGAUGUCCUGAAAAAGUGGAGCUGACUGUUGGCUCUGCUCAGCUUGACUUGAAAACACACCCAAGGGUCUGUGCAGCAGCCUUCACCAGGUGCCCAACCUCGCAUUUGCCUUAUACUGUGUCUCUGGCUCUGGUGCUGGGACCCUGGCCCAUCUCUGUUGUCCUUUCCUCUGGCACUGGGUGUGCAACAAGGACCGUGGUGCGGCAAGGUGCGCUCCCCUCUGCUUGCUCCUGCCGAGGGGCUGAGACCAGCCCGGCGGGGUGGCAGGGCACGGCCAGCACUUCCACCUUGCCAAAGCCUUAACUGGUGUGUCUCCCCACCGCUGGGAGGAUCUAACAAAGGAAAGCUUGUUGCUGCCAUGGGAAGGGGGAAGUUCAACAGCUCCAAAGGGCUGUGCUGCCAUGCCCAUGAUGAGAGCACGACAGGCCAGACUGCAUCUGUGCUCUUGCUCAGAGCAUCCUCCCCUUCCCUCAUGGCACAGAGAGGUCAUGGGGUCUGGGAUGGCUGGCAUGCAGCUUGCUUUGGGAGGUGAUGGGGCCGAACGGCUCCUCCUCCCUUGGUGGCGAUGAAGCGCCUGUUUCCGUCGUAGCAGGUUUUGCAAGGUUUAAUCCAGGAGCGCCCCUGUGAGACUGCUGGGCCGUGUCCAGGCACAGUGGUGACCCUCGGAGCCUGCCGUAAAUACUAUGGGAUCCAUAAGGUUGUGCCAGCCUCGUGGUGCUUGAUGUGAAGUACCCUCCCGUGGCACAUCAGGUGCCUUCUCCGUUCCUUCUGCGUUGCCGUGGGCCGUGUUUGCACUCCUUGCUGCUGUCUGGAGGGAUACGUAGCACGAGCCUCAGCGAGAGGCUGUUGGUGCCACAUCCCAGAGCUGCCCAGCAGCCCGUCACCUCCUUGGCAGCACUACUUGGGUACCGCAGAGCCUGUGGAGCUGAAUGGCUUGCGGGAAGUCCUUGCCUGUUCAUCCCUCCUUUAGCUGCCGUUUGUGUUACUCACUCCGGCCGCAAGAGUCAUUUUGUUUUUUCACGGAUGCCAAAGGAAAUGCUGGGGACUUUGCAAGUCACCUGUCUGCAUCUGCUCGAUCCCAUGUCCCCGCUGUGUUUCUCCCGUCCCCUUUACAAGCCCCAGGCUUUGAGCCAUGUGGCUGCUUCCCCAGCUUUGCCUUGUCAUUUUUGGUUUACUGACUUAGCACCACCGUUAACCUGGGGAAGGGAGAUGGGACUUGGAGCUUGUUCUGACUUGGGCCUCGUUGGAGCAGCUGCUCACCAAUUCC